AAUACUUCGUUGACGUCAUGCGUUGAGGCCGUUUUACUCUCGAUCUCGUGAGAUUCGAUUCAAUAAAACUCAAACCGGUUUGAGAGCGGACGUGUCCCGAAACCGCAUCAUUAUGGGCAGCAAGUUUCUGUUGUGCCUCGUAGUGUUGUGCGUUGUAUCAAACUAUUCAGAAUGUAAAAGAUAUGGUUCUUCUUCGGGACGAUCGUCUGGGUCCAGCUGGGGCCGAAGUUGGGGAUCAAGUUCAGCAAGUAAGCCUUCCUCUAGUUGGUCCAGUUCCGGGAGUAGCAAGCCUUCUUCUAGUUGGUUUAGUUCCGGAAGCAGUAAACCUUCUCAGAGCUCUUCCAGUUGGUAUGGUUCUGGAAGCAGUGCACCUAAGUACCCCUCAUCUUCUUCUGGUUUAUCUGGAUUCGGCAGUAGCGCUCCAAAAUACCCAUCGUCAUCGUCUGGACUAUCUGGUUUUGGUUUUGGCAGCAGUGCUCCAAAGUAUCCUUCUUCAUCAUCUGGACUAUCUGGAUUUGGAAGCAGUGCACCUAAAUACCCAUCAUCGUCAUCUGGACUAUCUGGAUUUGGAAGCAGUGCACCUAAAUACCCAUCAUCUACUGGUCUCUCUGGAUUUGGAAGCGGAGCUGCAAAGUACCCAUCAUCGUCCACGGGAUUAUCGGGAGGAGGAUCAAACUUUGGAUCGUCAGGGGCUCUACCUGCUGGUGUCGAUUACGUAUAUAAUAAAUAUCCAAGUUCAACAGGAAGCAAAUACCCACCAUCAACAGGUUUAUCAGGCUCAGGAUCCGGCACCAGAAAUCCAUCAUCAACAAGCUGGUUCGGAUCAGGAAGUAAUUAUUACCCACCUUUAACUGGCUUGUCAGGUUCAGAUAUUCAAAAACACAAUGUUCAUCAUUCAAGCAAUUCCUACAAUACGAACACUGGAUACGGAGCAGGACAUACUAACUACGGCACCCAUUACUAUGGAUCACAUGGACAACCCCACAGUUAUUUUAAUACGCCAUCAUACUAUACGGCACCUCAGCAUGUUUAUAUUACCGAAUACCGUAAUUCAGGCAGCCGAUACGGGGACCUUUUAUCAGGUUUGGCAUUGUAUAAUAUGGGCCGUUCACAUAGCUACCACAAUAAUUAUUACUACAACGAUGAUUAUUAUAGAAGGAGAUAUCAUACUUCUGGAUCCUCUGCUUAUGAGACGCCGAGAGACGUGGCUACGUGCACUUUAAGGAUUAAGGAGAAUAAUAAAGUUGAAGAAGUACUCAAAAUACCAUGCGAAAUAGUAUCGACAUUCACCGAAGGGAGCACAAAAGUAGCAACAGAUACCUUAACUCAAACAGUAUGCGUAUCAAAUUAUACAGUGAUAGAUAAUACGCUCCCCGAAACCACAACCGUUUCACCUGUAAAUACAUCUACAGGUGAACCGAUUGAAACAUUAGCCAACACAGUUAUAAAUAUGUUGGCUAAUGGUUCAAUCGUUAACACUGAUAACUCACUUAUUUUCACACUUUUAAAUAUUAGUACAACAACAGCUUCUCCUGUCAAUAUAAGUGUAUCGACACUAUUAAAUAACGCAACUUCAUUGAACACCACAGUUUCAACCACAGAAAGUAAUUCAACAGCAAUCAAUUCUACAUUAUCGAGCGUUAACGUUUCAACUGCGUUAUCUACUUCACUACAAAAUGAAGGCUCUAAUAUUACAACUAAUAUUAAUUCUACUACAGCUAAGCCUAUGCAUGUGUCUACCAAUUCGACGCCGUUUACCAUUUCGACAUCGAAUGUAACGGUGAUGAAUGAUACAAAAUGUACUGUGACCACUGAUCCCUUGGCAGUUAAAGGACCGCCUGUGAAUCCGUCGAAUAUGACAUGUGAAGUAGAAAUUGUCACCAUAGAUUCGCAUAUUUUGAGAAGUAAAGUCGACUGCAGCACCUUGUUAAAUUAUGCUAAAAUGCCGGAACCUAAGAAAGAGCAAAGUGCUAUUUUACCCUCAAGAAGUAAAUUAAAAUCUUGGCUCUCCAACCCACCUUGGUGGCUUUCUUUGUUCAUAGCGGUAUAAUUUAUAAAGUUUAGUUUUAUUAUUAUGUAAGAAAAACUUAUUAUUAUGACGCUGAAAAGUUUGUCGGCUUACCUUUCCUGUCGCCUCAGGUCGCCCAGGAUGCAUUUAUUUUUUGCUCUAAAAAGUUAGUUAGUUUACCUACCUAGUUUUAUGUUUGAUUAGUGUUAAGUUUACCAAAUAAGUUGGUGUUUUUUCGAUAUAUUACAUUACUAAACACUGUUCUGGACUAAGUAAGCUAAAAUUAUCCAAAGCUUAUUAAUUAUAUUGAUUGAUUGAAUAUUG